AUGCACAGAAAACUGGGUUUCAAGCCUAAUUUUGAAACUCAGCACGCGGGGAUUGCCGCAUCUGUCUUAGGCCUCCACUGGCGUGACAGCUCCGCUGCUCGCUCCCGCUCCCGCCAUGGAGGCCUAGUUAGGCUCGGGCAAAUGAGGGCUGGGAUGAUCAACGUACAUGCAACCCUCAAGUUGAGCUUCUUUUGGGAUGUUCAUGAAGUCAGGUCAGAUGAUCCGAAAUCAAAUAAGCGGCGGGGAGCUUUGCGCGAUUACGUACGAGGCGUGCAGGCCAUACUGGUGCAAUUGGACAGCAAAGCUUUCCAGUGA